GAUGACAGGCAGAGUUGGACGCUACUAAACUCACUUCUUCGGGGGUGAAGUAAAAAUCCGUUGUUUUCGUUUCAUCCUAUCGGAUGCACCUGGCAAAAUCGCACUCUCGAGAUCGAUGAGCGACUCUUAAUUGAUAUGCUACGCAUCGGUCCGGAAUUCGUGCAAGGAGACGUACAACUUGAAACGAGUUCAAAUCCGAUUUUUUCCCCUUGCCGUCAAUGGGUGAAGUGUUCCUUCCUCCAAUUCCACAUGUUGUAUUGUGCUGGGAAGCUGUUUGCCAGUAGAUAUGUGGCACUACAAGCAAGCGACUUGGUCUGCUAGGAAUUUAUAAAGUGUUCUUUUUCUCAAAAGGAAAAUUCAUCAGAACAAAACUUAACUGAUUUACAUGGAUUUUGCAGUAUUAUGCAAAAGUAGGAUUUGCUGAUUACUAAAAGCUGUGCAGAUGCCCAUGCCUAAGUGCUGCCUCUUCUUGUGUGACACGUCGGAGGCUGGCAGAGCUGUAGUGGGGUACAGCUGAGCGAGGGUGGGCACUGGGCUUCGUGCCUGCCGAAGGGAUCGUCCCAUUUGGACGAAGAUGAACAAACUGAACUUUCAUAAUAACAAAACCAUGCAGGACCGUCGCUGUGUUUGUGUCUUCCUUCCUAAUGACGAUACGCUGAACAUCAUCGUCAGUGUGAAGACGCUGUGUCAGGAGCUGCUUGUCCAGGUCUGUGACCUCCUCCGUCUCAAGGACUGUCACCUGUUUGGGCUCAGCGUCAUUCAAAAUAAUGAGCACAUUUAUAUGGAACUUGGCCAGAAGCUGUCGAAGUAUUGUCCUAAAGAGUGGAAGAGAGAGGCCAGCAAAGGUAUUGACCAGUUUGGACCACCGAUGAUUGUCCAUUUCAGGGCUCAAUAUUACGUGGAGAAUGGCAGGUUAAUAAGUGACCGGACUGCCCGGUACUAUUACUACUGGCACCUGAGGAAACAGGUCCUGCUGUCUCAGUGUGUGCAGCGCGAGGAAGCCUACUUCCUGCUAGCGGCCUUCGCUCUGCAGGCAGACCUGGGGAACUUCAAACGCAACAAACACUUCGGAAAAUACUUCGAGCCAGAAGCAUACUUCCCUCCCUGGGUGAUUGCCAAGAGGGGGAAGGAUUACAUUCUGAGGCACAUCCCCAACAUGCACAAGGACCAGUUCGCACUCACUGCCUCGGAGGCCCACCUCAAGUACAUCAAAGAGUCUGCCCAGCUGGAUGAUGUGACCGUGCAUUAUUACCGACUGUACAAGGACAAGAAAGAAAUGGAGGGCUCCCUCACACUGGGACUGACCCUGCGUGGGAUUCAGAUCUUUCAGAAUGUGGGAUCUGUGAGGCAACUCCUGUAUGAUUUUCCCUGGACAAAUGUGGGGAAGCUGGUGUUUGUGGGUAAGAAGUUUGAGAUUCUCCCAGACGGCCUUCCUUCGGCUCGGAAGUUGAUUUACUACACUGGCUGCCCCAUGAGAUCCCGGCAUCUGCUGCAGCUGCUCAGCAACAGCCACCGGCUCUACAUGAACCUGCAGCCUGUGGUCAGACAGGUCCGCCGGCUGGAGGAGAACGAAGAGAAGAAGCAGUACCGUGAGUCUUACAUCAGCGAUGCCCUGGAGCUGGACAUCGAGCAGCUGGACAAGCGCUCCCGUGCGAGUGGCAGCAGUGCGGGCAGCAGCUCUCGCCACAAGCGCCUCUCCCGCCACUCCACCGCCAGCCACGGCAGCUCGCACACCUCGGGCAUCGAGACGGACAGCUUCCGCACCACCUGUCAGGCCCCCCACCGCCCGCUGCGCACCUGCAGCAGCUCCACCGCCAGCCACGGGAGCUCGCACACCUCCGGAGUGGAGAGCGGGGGCAAGGAACGCCUUCUCGACGAUGACGAGAUUGAGAUGCUGGUUGAUGAUCCAAAGGAUUAUGAAGAGCUUCAUGAACUAGCCUUAGAUGUCAACCAAGACUUGUGUAUCCACAUCACUGAGGACAUGCUCAGUUCUGGACAGACCAAUGGCUACUCAGGGCUAAUUGUAAAGGACAUCAGCUCAUCCACAUCCAGCUCAUCAGAGACUGUUGUGAAGCUGCGUGGACAGAGCAUAGAGUCUCUUCCACAGACUGUGUGCAGGAAGCCCCGGACAUCCACAGAUCGCCACAGCCAGUCUCUGGAUGACAUCCGUCUCUACCACAAGGGCUGCUUGCAGUGGGCAGAGCUCUGCCAAGACACUGCCCAGAGCUACACUUUUGGCUGUGCCCAAGAGCUGAGCGAUGCGGGCUAUCAUGGCCUGGUAGAUCAGUGCGCUGGCAUUAAAGACAACCCUGCCUUCCCCAUCAAGAGAACCAGCAAGUACUUCUCUCUGGACCUGACAAGCGAUGAGAUACCAGAGUUUGUCGUCUGACUGCGGAGAGAUCACACCCUGAGCCCUGAGUGUGUGGAGGAAAGGAGCUGAGGAAUAAAAUGACCUUAACAUCAGGAAGCGCAGAGAACCAGGACAGGUGUUGCACAGAAGAACAAAAAUUCCAUACCGGCAUUUUUUCAAGGACUGACCUCCCAUGUGAGGGAGAUACUAAUAAAAUGGAUCAAGACUCAUUUAUUAAGAGGUGUUUACCAAAAGCAUGGAUUAAAAAGGACAUGAAGUGCUGGAUGAACUUGUGCAUAAGCAUAAACUCUCCAUGAUAUAUUUUUGCUAUUUUUAAAGAGACACACUCCUGUGCUUUGCUGGGUGAUGUGGAGCUUUGAAAUGACUUUUUGUGGGAGAUAAUUUAUGGAUGGCUUAACUUAUAUAGAGCCUACAUUGCAGAUAAGAGUAAAACACAAGGAAAAGGGAAUGACUAGUGCUGUUUUGCUUGGUUAUAAGACAGUUGUGAAGAAUCCAGGAGGAAAUGUUUCUCAUCUGGACUCAAGUUAAGCCCAAACUCUUUCUUAUGUAACCAUGGAACAGCAUGAUAACUUUGGGAUGUUUUACUUUUCUAUAUAGGAAAAUGGUACUGCAUUUAGGCCGACAGGUGAACUUUUGCUCAAAAGUCAAACCCUGAAGCUGCCUUCCUUGUCCCACUCUUCUCAGCUUGUAUGGUGGGGCUACGAUAUCUAAAUAAAUUCUACUGACUGCAGUUCAGAAUUGUCUGCAUUAGUGAAUUGACGUUUGUGCUUUGGAAAUUGAAGGGAAAUGCAAUGACAGAUGUCUGUGUUGGAUGUAAUCUGAGCUCCCUGGUGGAAUGUCACAAGCCAAGACACCUGCUCUGCUACUCCAAACAAAAUGUUGUGCAUUCUUGUGCAUUGUUCAAGCUAUGCAGAUCUGCACCUCGAGAACACCAAUGUGGAAGAAAACCAUGGCAACUGGCAUCAUAAGCCCUCCUUUCACAUCUGAACUGUGCAAUCCAAUUGAAAACAUGUGAGGGCAGCCUCAGCUCACACUCAAUGAACUAGCUGCUCUGCCUGCUAGGAACCAAAGAAAGGCUUCACUCAAGCCAAAGAACUGUUAAACGUAAACAUAAAAGAAGUACAGAUAAGAGUUAGCCGCUUGGUGUGCUGUGCUCCCCUGGUUGUUAAACUUAUCCGUGCAUGGUAUAGUUUCUGCAGCAUUAUAUGAUCAACUAUGAAGCAUAAAGCAUAAAGUGACUGUGGUGUCUGUGUUCUAGUGCUAGCUGUAUUUCUUUAAGUCUUGGAGAGUACUCUGGUGUAAUCGGUACACAUACAACUGCUGACUGGACUGCUCUGCCUGGUGAUAGAAUGGAAUGCUGAAGAAGUGAUAUUCCUAACCCAGCAUCCCCAGUCCACUCACCUUGCUGCUGCUCUGGUACUGUUCUUGAAGUUUGGCUUGCCCAAGUAAAUCUUUGCACUUUACCCAGCAAGUGCAAUGUGCCAAUAUUCACCACACACAGCAAAUCCCAUCUGUACUUCCCAGUAACUGCCAGAAACGCCUAAUCCGUGCCUUUUUAUGCUAUGCAGGUCCUAAAACCUUAAGUUUGCCUCGACAAUCACAUCCUAAGACAGGGAAAUCUCAUCAAGGAGCAAAACCACUCUAUGCGGUGAGCUCUAUGAGGUUGCGGAUAUCUACAUGUUUUUUUACCUUGGAUGAAAUUGCUGUGUUUUCAUUUUCCCCCUUUGUAAAUCAGUAAAUAACCUUAGUUAUUAUAUAGGUAAAUAUUAAUUAUGAUUUGGAGAUCACAUAAAGUUACACAGUCUGCUUCUUGAGGUAAUAUCUAGGUCUCAGUGCAGUAAGGAUGAUGAUGUGCUUAACAACUUUCCAGGACACAAGUAACACAAGCCUAGACUAUCUGCACCAAACCUUGUUAACAAUAGUGCCUAAAGGAAGAGGUAUAGAAAAUACCAUCUCUCUCUAACAAUACAGUAGUGUAAGACAAGUUUUACUUUCUACACUUUAUUCAGUGCACAGCCCUGUACACUAUUUUGAGUUAGACAGCAGUUUGUCUCUUCUUUAAGUAUGUAUUAUGAUUUGAAUGCACUUCAUUGUACACAGGUUUGCAGGUUAAUACUGGCAAAUCUUGGAAACUAUAAGCAAAAUGGAAUGGGUGUUUAGUUAAAGACAGACCAGUUUAGUUUGGAUCAUUAAAACAGUUACCUACAGUACACUUUAUCUGAAGCCAUGUUCAGGAAAUCUUGCUGCAUUUUACAGAACUCAUAAAAGCUUUUUUUGUUUAUUCCAAAUUGAUUUUUCAUUAAAUAAAUGUAACUAUAAACUUUAGUAUUUUUGUAUGAAACAUAUAGAAACAAAACAAUUAUAUAUAUAUUUGAAAGUGCAUCUUUUUUCUUUAUUAUGUGCUGUAUGAGUUGUCAGUAUUAUUAUGUAGGUGACAGUAUUAAGACUUUUGUAAACUUAACCUUGAUCUAAGGUGCCACCCUCAUUUAUAUGGUGGGUGUCAGGAAAAUUUAAUUUUACAGCUUAAAGGGGCCCCUCCAAAAUAUGUUACUCAGAGGAAAAGCUCUUGAGUUUUACUGGAUUCAGAUUUUAGGGGCAUCUGUCCUUGACCACUUGUCCUUUCACCUUUCACAUCACCAGUAGACCUGUUCUUGAUGCACAACAGUUCACAUAUGGCAGACUUUCCUACCGGUGACGUGAAACAUGAAAAAUAUUUUAUAAUGUCAGCAUAUUAAAUGACCAAAGGGCCACAGCAACAGAAGAAACAGCUCCAAAAAUUGCAUUUGAUUUGGAAAAGAUGAAAGCACAGAACACACAGAUGAAGUUUGUCAGAUCUAAGGGAUUCCACGUGCAUUACAUCCAUCUGGAACAAAUGAUUUGGGAGCGUCUCUUUUGUUUCGUCUUGUUUCCCGUUUUCCGAACGGAUUGCCUUUUUGAAGGAUGAUUAAUCAACAAAACUAACUCUUAUUUAUUCAUUUUCAUAUACAGUACAUCUAGCAAGUUAAAUGUUCCACUUGUAAAGUAGAGUUGUUUUCUUUCAUUGCGUUCCAAAUUGGAAUGCAGUGCUUGCAUUUUGCAUUAGGGAGGGAUUAGAAUUCACAGCACACCUGUGGAGUUCAUAGAUCUCGAUUAACUGGCAGGCAUCACUAACCUACCAUAUCUGAUUACAGUGUUGCUAGUUUACAUGUGGCCAAGAGCAUAUAAUGAGUUUAAACAGUUUUAGUAAAAUACCUUAGUGGAACUUUUCUAAAAGAAUCUUUUUUUUACCUAUCAACUAUUGAGGAAGAGAACUGUUUCAAAUUGUGGGUCACAUCAGGUGUGGUUGCUGACAUAAGCAGAGGAGGGGACCUGAGAGAGUGUGGUCUGUGCCUGACUACAACAACCUUGAUAGAUCUUCAGCAAUACACACAAUAUUACAAUACAGAUUUGUAAAAUGCCAUUUUCAACACUUAGAAACUAACAUUUUCUAGUGUAGAAAAUGUCAAAAUGUGUUUGAGAGAUGUAUAUCCCAGUAGAAUGUUUUUCCCUUUAUAAUUUUCCUUAUUGUCUUUCUUAAAUGUGAAGGUAUCAGAUAAACUUUGAAACAUCCUGAUCGUGUCUCAGCAUUGACUUAAACCUCUCUUUUACAGUCAGUUAUUUGUUUUCAUUCUAAAAAAGUGAAAGCUAUCGGUAAUUUAUUAAAGCCACAGAUUGCAACAACCAGCGUAAUUCUGAAAAUAGAUAUUUUGCCUGAAUUUCCUAUUGCUAGUCUGUAUACCUGCACAAAGUGUAAAUAGUCCUUUCUGUGAAAGGAUCUCCCGUCAGGAACUUUGAAAGUGAAUUCCUGUUGUGAAACCCAGUCGUGAAACUCUUUUUGUAAAAACAAUGAAGUCCAAUGUGUGCCUUUUAGGUACAGAUGUUCUGAACAAUUGACAAUAAAGGGUACAUUUAUUUGCCUGAGCCAA